AUGGCGACCUCGACUAUGAAUCAAGCACUUGAGCUGAAACAGAUAGCAAAGGAUACCUUUGUCAAUGUACAUCAGCCAUGGCUACCACAUCGUGCCCGCGGCAUCUACGGCGGUGUCCUAAUUGCGCAGAGUUUAGCUGCAGCGUCUCGAACCGUCCCCAAGCCUGAACUCGUUCAGUCGAUGCACUGCACUUUUAUAGUAGGCGGAAAGCCCGAUGUGCCCCUAUCAUACCACGUAUCUCGACUUCAGGAAGAUCGCCAUGCGCAUGUGAGGCAGGUAGCGGCUCAGCAAAAUGGCAGAGUAGUGUUUCUUGCCAUGGUGAGGUUCCGCGCGCAAACGGAUCGCGCAGUCUCUGGGAUGGUUAGGAUAAUCAAGCCUAUACCAAGGCCAGAGUUUCCAGUCGCAGACAUUAUGUCUGGAGGCAAUGCUACUCCUUGUCCAUUUGUUUGUACAAGAAUCAAGCGAACUUCCCUGGGCGAAGCAUACAAGAAGAGCACGACGCAGUGGGCCAAGACACGGCAUGCCUUGGGCCAUGAUGCAAAACCAGAAGCCCACGCUGCUGCUCUCGCAUACAUGACGGACAAUUAUUUUCUAUGUACCGUACCACGGGUGCAUGAUCUCAACGACGGCAUAGACCCUGAGGAAGAGCUAGAUGGUCCCAGGCCAGACGACACGAGGCGGCGCGUGCAAAUGAUGCUAUCUCUAGACCACUCCAUCUACUUUCACGCUUCGCCUACGGCAUAUUGCGCCGAUGACUGGCUCCUUAUGGAAAUGGAGAGCCCGUGGGCAGGGGAUGGGAGGGCUUUAGUCCAACAGCACGUGUACAGCCAGAGCGGCCUGUUGCUGGCUACAUGCAUGCAAGAGGGAUUGAUCCGUAUGGAGAAGGCAGAUAUAAAGUUAUAGAACUCGCUGUCCAUACAAUUUGCUAUGCAGGGCUCUGGAAGGCUAGACUAGGCUCUGCGUAGUCGGGCCACAAUGGCAAAAUGUUUCCUCAUCAGGCUCUACAAGGCUAGAUACUAGUCACAUGGCGCCUGGUCCAAGCGUAUAUAGUUGAUCAGAUAUAAUUGGAGAAAACGAAAUCAACACACACUAUUUGCUGGAAACAUGUACUCAACGGUUCUCAUUGCCAUCCGCGCUCCGUGAUCAAGGAAGAUAAUA